AUGAGACAACUUACAUUCUUUGAUCUCCCAAUUGAGAUAAUUGAUUAUAUCAUUGAAUGUUUACCUUACUAUAUUGUACUUGAGUUACAAAACUUUUCAGUAUCACGUCCAUAUGUUUUACAAAUACUAUACAAGAAGGUGGAAAUAAAUUCUUUUAGUCCUCCAUUAAUACAAUCAACUAUAAAAUUCCCUGAUAGAAAUGACUUGGUAAUUAAACAUAUUCCAACACGAAUGACGUUUGAUGAAUUAGAUCUUGCUAUCAAAGAUAAUAAAUUAUCUUGGACUCGUGAAAUUUCAUUCGAUAGUCCCAAGACAUUGUUUCGUGCCAAUGAAUUAUAUCCUUCAUUAUUAGAGAAAGUUGAAAUUAAGAUUGAUUUUGGAAUAUUUAAUUGGGUUGAAGAUCCAGAGAAACCCAAUUUUUAUAAAUGGGGAACAUAUCCCGUGUUGAAAAUUUCUUCCCUUGAAUCAGUGAAUUAUCAAACAUUUUAUCUGACUCAGAAGACUUUGGAACAGAUGAAUUCCACUCCUGAUCACGCAAUAAACCAAUCCAUUCUUAAAGGCGUGAUGGAACAAGGUGAAUUUCUUCGUGAUUUGGUUAAUUUUAAACAUUUGGUUGAUUUUCAUAUCCUUAAUAUUUAUGGAUCAUUAGUAGGAAUGCUUCCUAAAUCGAUUAAGAACUUAAAGAUUGACACGCUUACUACUAUAGAACCUGGACAUCCAGUCGUUAAAUUUCCAAAGGGUUUGGUUUCUUUAGCUGUCUUAGUAUUGGAUCGCGAUACUACACAAAGUUUUGACCCUAUUGAUUUAUCAGAUUUGGAGCACCUUAAGUCCUUAACAUGUGAUUUUAGUAGGAGCUAUAAGCUUCCGAGAAACUUACUAUCCAUUAGAGGUUCAGGGACAGUAAGUAUCCCACAAGUGAUAUCGCAAUGUCCCUUGUUGAAAUCUAUUGAUUCUAUCAAUUUAGAUAAAGGCUAUGAUGAUGAAUUUUAUGAAUUGAACGACGAGUUAGAAAACUUGAAAAUGAAAUGUGAUGAUUUAUAUUGUCUAUUAAAAAUUGACUCAGAUUCUUUAUCAGUUCAAAGUCACGAGAAUUCAAAAGUGAUUAAAUUUCCUAAAAUGUUAAAGUCUUUGCAAGUUUCACAAAGAUAUCACAUGAGAGAUGAAUUAUCAUAUCAAGUUUUUUCAAGUUUGAAAGAUCUUCAAUUGGAUUAUUUAACAGAUUUAUCGUUGAGUUGUUCUUUAACCGGUGACCAAAUCUCACCAUUACCAAGAAAUUUGAAAACUUUAUACAUCAAUGAAAUCGAACAAUUUCAUUACAAUGAAUUGAAAAGUUUGAGUCAAUUGAAAUCAUUGCAUAUUUUAGAUGAUUCACACGAUUAUUUUGAUUAUGAUUUACCAGAUACUUUGUUUGAGUUUGAAUAUGAAAACAUGAAUUGUGAACUUUUCAAAAUGAGAGCUAAAAAUCUUCAAUAUUUUAAAAUUUGCGAGGCUCCAUUUCAAGUACUUAACAGAGAAAAUUUUGUACUCCCUGAUAGUAUCAUCAAUUUAAGAAUUGUGAAUUCUGACAUUGAAGAAAUUGAAGCAUCAUUUAAGUUCCCACUGAAAUUAAGAGAAUUGGAUUUAUCAAUUAAUAGAUUGACAAGUUUACCUCAAUUGCCAUCUAGUUUAAGGUGGUUGUCAUGUGAAGAUAAUGGGUUGGGUGAGAUGUAUAAACCUAUCAAUUUUCCGUUGGAUUUAGAAGUGUUGAAUCUCAAUAAGAAUGAUUUUAUUCAUCGAUUUGACGUCUCCAGUUUGAAUUUAUCAAACUGUACCAAAUUACGAAAACUUAGUAUAAAAGGUGAUAAAUCCUACUUUGAAAUCUUGCAUAAACUUAAAUUAUCAAAUUUUCCUAAAUCAUUAAUUUCACUUGAUUUAGAGGAUUGUGGUGUAUUAAAAUUCAUUGGUGAUUUUACAUAUUUUCCCAAUCUUGAAGAACUUAAUAUAGCAGGGAAUCCUGGUAUUGAAGAUGUCUUUUUAGGCAAGGGAAAUCCAUCACAUUAUUCUUAUUUCCCAGAUAGUAUUAAACGUGUAUGGCUUACAAAGGAUUAUCUUGAUCCUGAAAUGUUGUCUGCAAUUGUUAAUGAUGCAAAGAAAAAGCCUAAUUUUGAAUUUGUGUUAUUAUCUUUUGUGGAUGACUAUAUUCGUCAACUUGGAGAAAGGAAUGGUUCUUAUAGAGAAGGAUUUUAUGAUGAGGACAUGGAUGAUAGCGAAGAUGAAGAUAACAUGGAACUGAAUGACAAUGACAAUGAUAUUGAUAUUGAUAGUGAUCCUGAUGCUUAUGCUCAUUCUUAUGAUGAAGAUGAUAGUGAUAUGGAUAAUAACGAAGAAGAUACGCAUAUUAGAACCACAACACCACUGUUCAAACUUAUCACACGGCACAAUAAUGAAUCCGUCUAG